AUGGCGGACACUGAAGAACAGAUUACUACUCUUGCCGAUCGUGUUGGAAAAAUAGAAGUGGGCGAUUCUAAAUUAGAUAUUUAUCGGAAAGUUUUGAGCCUGAUUGAUGUGGAAUGCUAUGUAGAAGCCUUGGAUAUCAUUGAAAAGUAUUUGGGCGAACAGGAUGCUGUUUACGAGAGAGUUUAUUGCAAAUUUCAUUUAAAGCAAGAUUAUCCUGCAAUAGAGGAUGUUCAUUUUGUUCAGCAUUUGGAAGCUCAAGAGGCUUAUCGAAAGUCAGAUUUCUCUAAAGCUGUUAAAGUUUACGAAAAGCUUAUAAAAGAAUUGCCAGAACAACAUUCUGAUAUUCAAGUAAAUUUGCUUGCAGUUGCUUCUCAACUCCCCGGAUGGCAAAUUGAAAGUAUGCCUUCUUUGGAGGAUCAAGAUUCUUUGUUUAAUUUGGCUACUCGUUACCUUACCUUACAACAAUGGAACAAGGCUAUUAAUUUGCUGUCUUCCUUAGUCACGAAUUUGGAAACCAAAGAUAACAAGUCUUCCGAAGAAGGUUCCCAUGUGGAUUUAUGCCGUUUGCAAUUGGUUUAUGCACAUUUGAUGGCUGGUGAGUUGCAAAAAGCCGAAAAAGAAUCUAAGAAAUUAGCCUCAACAAGUCUCGAUGAAACUUCAAGAGUCCUUUUUGUUAACAAUGUUUUGUGCUUAAAUAACGGAAAUCCCUACCUUGCUUUUCGCAGCAUUCACGAAACACCAGUCGAAAAAGCUUUUACCAAGUUGUUGGCUUCUCAAAAUUUACAACUUACAAGAAAUUUGGCCUUGCUGGACAUGGCCGUUGGUAAAUUGCGUGCUGUUCACAAGAAAGAAAAGCGUACCGAAGAGGAUAAACUAUUUUACGAUGUUCUUAUGUUAGAACAUGAGAAAGGUGCACUUUCCUCUUCUAAGAAGCUUUCUGGAUAUUUAGAAAACAAGUUCCAAAAAAUUCCUGCUGAUACUAGUAGCGGCCUUUUACUGAUUCAAUAUAAAAUCUCAAAUGGAAACUAUCGUGGCGCAUUGGCUGUGUACAAGAAAAUGUGUGGAGCAUUAGAAGUUUCUAAAGAUUUUGCAUUGAGGUAUUCCCCUGGUUUAGCCGGUUUAGGCGACGCACUCCUUUCUAAGGUCCAAUGUUCUCAAGCUCCAAGCACUGAAAAUUUACAUGCUGCUGCUAGAUAUUGGACUGACAAACCCAAUUGCCAUGCCAAACUAUUAUUGUGCACCCGUUCAUUGUUGGCUUCAAUUGAUGAGAAAGUAAACGUUGAUUUCGUGCGAAGUGGUUUGAAGACAGUUGAGGAAUUAAUUGAGUGGAAUGGUCCUAUCAGUGAGUUGAUCUCCAGUAAAGUGGCUGCCCUUUGCUACAUUGAUGAACCCAUUAGUCAACCACUUGAGAGUCAUUUAAUUUCUGUGGCUGAUUUAGUGGGGAAUGUUGAUAUUGAUGCAGUUGAGUCCAAGGGAGUACCAGUGUCGACUACCAUAGGAUCGUUGAAACGUGAGGCUAAUAACGACGCGUCUAAGAAAACAAGAAAGCGCCAAAAGCCUAUGCCGAAGAAUUUUAAUCCAAACUCAGUGGCAGAUCCCCAACGCUGGCUUCCUAAGCGGGAUCGUACUAAUGUUAAGAUAAAAAACAAAGGCAGAAACAUGCAAGGAAUUGCAACCUAA